UGGACACAAGCAGAAGAUGGCAGGAGAACAUGAUCCCAGGGUGCUGGGCCUCCCGGAGGAGAAGGCAACAUUCAGAGGCCAGAGAUUCACUGAGAAAGACCCCGAGAUGCUCACUCAGAGGCCAAAGAACUUUCCAGGUCCUGCAGGCUGGCUGACCCGAGUCCCCUGGAUUCUGUUGCUGCUUCUCAGCUCUUUGUGCCUCUGCUUUGUGCUUUUGGUGACCACCCUGGUUCAAGUUUCCAGGACCCCCGGAUCCCCGCAGGCAAAGGUCCAGGAUCAUCAGAGCAACUUCAGCUUGGGGGCUGCUUCUCAGGAGCAGGUACUCUCAGGCUUGGAGCAGGUCCGCCAGCAGCUGACCUGGAUCAACACCUCCCUGGGUAGGUGUCGGGGGCCUGGGACAGCAGGGAGCUGGGGGUCUGAGGAGCAGGUACUCUCAGGCUUGGAGCAGGUCCGUCAGCAGCUGACCUGGAUCAACACCUCCCUGGCUGCCCUGUGCCGACCCUGCCCCUGGGGCUGGGAGGCAUUCCAGGGAAACUGCUACUUCUUCUCUCGGACCCUGGGCACCUGGGAGAAUUCCGUCUCCUCCUGCCAGGACAUGGGGGCCCACCUGGUGAUCAUCAACAACGGUGCAGAGCAGAGGUUCCUGAGGUACUGGGACAUCAGAAAGAGCCAGCGUACCUGGAUCGGCCUCAGUGACCACAACAAUGAAGGUUCCUGGCACUGGGUGGACAAUACCCCUCUCCAGCUCAGCUACUGGAAAGAGGGGGAGCCCAACAACGCCGGAAACGAGGACUGCGUGGAGCUCUUCGUGGAGGACUGGAACGACAACAAGUGUACCGCCCAGAACUUCUGGAUCUGCGAGCGGCCCUCCGCCCGCUGCCCUGGCGCCUAGCGCCCUGCUCCCAGUCCACGGAGACGGAGCCAGUCGGGGGCGCUCCGCUGGCUGUCCUCCAGCCCUGUCCCUUCGCUGCCCGCUGGUCCCGCUGAUGCCUUUGCAUCCUGACAGAACCCUGAGACUCCCUCCCUGCAGCCCGGCCCUCCACAGGGCACCGCUCAGGCCUCCGCUUGCAGGAAAGGCCUGGGCACAUCCAUCCGCCCAGUCGUGACACCACUUGGCUAAGUCACACGCGGGCUGAGGUGCGGCUCAAGGGGAAGCCCUGUGUCCCACCCCCGCUCUGCAGAAACUGAAAUAAAGCAAGUUCACACGAUG